AGAAGCCAACUUCCUCAAAAGUGUUUGGCGGCGAAUGAUCACAUUGCGUCACAAAUACGAAUUAUUUUAAGUGACGCAAUGGAGAAGAAAAAAUCUCUAAAGCUGAAAUACCAACACAAAGAUAAUGAACAGUCAUGUAAAGAAAAGCUUGAAGUGUUAGAUGAGAAGUAUGUAACUAUCAAAAACAUCCUAAAGCAAGUUAAAACAGAUUGCUGUAUACAUGGAUUCCUGUCAAAUAUUUUUGUGCUGAAAGAGUUAAAGGCUGAGAAAGAGAGUCAUCAGUUAUUAAUAAAACAGUGUGAAAAACAGAAUAAAGAAUUGAAAGAGAAAGAUGAGUUCCUGGAACGUUUGCAAUCAGUAUCAGAAGCUGUUGUGGAUGAAUACAAUACCCUGAAAGUGAAAUAUGAGUUGGAAAUAGAAGCUGCUACUGAUGCUUCAAAAAGGGCAACUAAAUACUUUCAAGAAAAUCAGUUAUUGAGGAAAAAGGCAUUGUCUGUUCAAGAGUCUUCAGACAUAGUCAUAAUAGAUACUGAUGGAUUAACGUCUGAUGAAACUAAUUCAGAACUUGAAGUCUGUCAGAAAGUUGCUUCUGAUCUCAGAAGUGAAGUGGCCAGUUUGCAGACACAGCUGCAGAAAGAAUAUGAAAAGCAGAAUUCUUUAAAAGAAGACUUUGAGAUAGCAAAAAAAUUGUAUGAACAAGAGAUGAUAGACCAUAAUCAAACAAAAAAGGAACUUGAAUCAUUGCGUUCACUUUGCAAGGGAAAUGCUAUUAUGAUGAACAAAUCUCAGGACAAAAAUAAGAAUGUUGAAGAAGCCUCGUCUAUUGCAAUUGUUAAAGAGAGAAAAUUUUCUGAAGAAUUUUGUAGUCUUAUCAGUGAAGUAAAUUUUGACACAUUGGGAGGUGAAAUACAUAUAGCUGAGCAACCGGAUACUGUUCUAAGAGGUGCAUCAUGCCAAGAUAAUCUUGAUACUACUAUCAAAAGGAUAUCACAACAGGCUAGAAAUCUGCAAGAACUGAGACUUCUUGACGAAAAAAAUGGUUGUGAGCAUUUGCCAAAAAUGUUAGAGAUGGCUCAGCAGCAAUUACAUUCAUAUGAAAGGGAAAAUGUGAGGCUUCUGAAAAGAGUUGAAGAGCUGGAGGGCCAAGUUCAAAGACUUAAUGAUGAAAUUUCAAGUUCUAAGUCUGUACCUCCUCCUCCACCACCACCUCCUCCUCCUACUCUUUUUAAACCUAUCAGGUCUUUCAUUACUUUUAUCAGUUCAAGCAAGAAAACAUCACGAACAUCUCCAAAGAAAGAUGCAAUUUUUGAGAAUCCACAUCAGAAAGCAAUGUUUGAAAUGAUUGAUGCCAUUAAAAAAGGAAACAUUCAAUUAAAACCUACGCCAAAGAAUGUUUCUCCAGACAAACAAGAAUCAUCAGCAGUUGGAGAAAUGGAAAAUAUUUUAAAAACAUUUAAAAAGAGAGACUGGCCUUCUGUUUCUGCAAAUCUUGCAGAUCAAAUGGAAAAAAGUGAUGGCUUUGAGAAGUCUCUGCCUCUUGGUGAGGCAUCAACAAGCCAUUCGACUAACAAAGCUGUUGAGGAAAAGUGUUCACAUGAUGAGCUACAUAAUAUUUUUCGUAAGAAAAGCUUCAAACUUGCUGAAAAUGAAGGGCAGGAAUCUGUUAUAUCUGAUACUACUGAUGGUAACAUAUCACAGCUUCCAGAAAGUAAAGCAUGCGACUCUGAUGCUGUGUGCAAAGAGAAGAGCAUGUCUAGUAUUAUUAAUGUUAACAAGUCAUAACUACUACGAAUGUGGUUUGUCAUUUUGAUAUUGUUAAAUGAAUAGGAAAAUUGUAUCUUAAUAACAGUAAUAUGCUUAAAUAUUUAGAAAAUAUUCCUUGUUGUCUAAGUUUUUUAUCCAAAAUAUUUAAAACUUUGCUUUAAACUGUGAGUUCACUAAAUGAAAUGGUAAAUACUUUUGCAUGAAUUGUAUUUGGAACUUUUUACACUAUCAAUACAUUAUUUUUAUAGUUGUAACUGCCAAAAAGUUAUUCACUUAUUUUAGUUAUGCAAGCUUUCUUUGUGGCUAAAAUGCUGCAGAUUUUUUCAAAAGCUCAUUGAUAAGUUCUUAUUGAAAGAACCUCUGCAAUAUUAAAAGUUCUUGUUUUAUAUCGCCAUAAAAAUCUAAAUGUAUAAUUCAUUAUUAAUGUUAGUUUCCUUGUCUAUAUAUAAUGUUAAUUGUUUUAUUAAAAUUUUAUAAGUUUAUUGGAUGUUUAGUGCAUAUUUGUGAAAUAUGAAAUGGGGAAGUAUUAGAAGCUUUUUGUAGAAUUAUUUUUCAGGUUUUAGUUGCAAUGUUUGUUUUAACAGUAUUAAACUAUAAGAAUGUCUAGGUCUGUGUCUAUUUCAGGCUCUCUGUUUGUAAUAUGAGAAUAAUUUGCACCAAAUACUAAUAUAUAUAUAUAUAUAUAUAUAUAAAGAUUUUAUAUCUUGUCCUGUUUUUUAUGUCAUCAAAUGUACAUUUUAAAUUUUAUAUGUGAUACUUAUUUUUGAGUAAUUUAAAGCAUAUAUUAAGAUGCAAAGAUGAGCUUAUUUCAUUUGACUUCGAUAUGCCUUUGAGAUAAGAAUUUAAGGUUUUUCUGUCAGAUGUUUUCCAAUGAAUGAGAGUUUAUAAAUGUAUUGUCAAGUUUUUUUUCUUACAUCAAACUUUCUCAAUGAUAUACAUGAGUUAAGUGUCUUAUAUAUUUCACGGUUUUUUACACUAUCCAUACCUUAUUUUUAUAGUUAUAACCGCCAAAAAAUUAUUUACUUAGUUUCUUUAUGCAAGCUUUUUGGCUAAAAUGCUGCAGACGUUUUCAAAAGCUCAUUAAUAAGUUCUGAAGUUCUUAUUGAAAGAUCCUGCGCAAUAUUUGAAGUUCUUGUCUUAUAUUACCAUGAAUAUCUAAAUACAUAAUUCAUUAUUAAUAUUAGUUUCCUUGUGUGUGUGUGUGUGUAUAUAUAUAUAUAUUAUAAAUUUAUUUAUUAAAAUAUCUUAGAUUUAUUGUGUUUGAUGCAUAUUUAUAAAAUGUGAAAUGGGAAAGGGUUAGAAGCCUUUUUUGGAAUUAUUUUGUAGCUUUUAGUUUCAAUAUCAUUUAUUUUAACAGUGCUAAAUUACAAGAUUAUGUCUCUGUGUCUAUUUCAGGCUGUCUGUUUGUAUUAUGGGAAAAAUUUGCACCAAAUAUGUAUUUAUAUAUCUAGUCCUGUUUUUGAUGUCAUCAAAUGUAUAUUUUAAAUUUUAUGUGAUAUUUAUUUUUGAGUAAUUUAAAGCAUGUAUUAUGAUGCAAAGUACUGAGCUUAUUUCAUUUGACUUUAGUAUGCCUUUGAAACAAGAAUUUAAAAAUGAUGUUUUUCAACAUAUAAAUAAGAGUUUAUAAUUGUGUUAUCAAAUUUGUUUUUUUUAUACAUCAAACUUUUUUAAUGACAUACAUGAGCUAAGUGUCUUAUAUACUUCAAGAUCCAUGUAUUUUGUCAUAUUAUUCUUACAAAAAAUAGUUUCUAUAUAAUAACCUUUCAGUUAGAAUAUAUAUAAAAGAAAAUUUUUAGUCAGUCAGUGUACUUGUCACAUAUAAUUUUUUUGCAUGACAAAUGAGUUUUUGUUUUCUAUUUGAAUUUUUUAAUACUAUAAAGGAAAUAAAAGAAAUUACUGUGUUAUUUGAUGACUUUUAGACUGUUGUUACUGCUUGUCUUCUUGUACAGGCAUAUAGUCACUGGAAAAACUACAUGAAUAGUUAUAAAUAGAUGCAAGGUGUAUGUCUGCCAUAGAUUACCAUAAAUUGUUGCUGGACGCGGGAGUUACGUUAUUAAGGACUGCGUGUAUGGCAAAAUUGUGCUCUGUUAACUUUUUAUGGGAAAAUGUAUUAGCUGUAAUUAAGAUUUAAAAAAUAUUUGUAAUUUAAACAAACCUAAAUAUUGUUGCAAUUAAAAGGGAAAAAACAAAGUAAAUGUUAAUUGAAAGAAUUCUUAUUACUGCAUAAUAAUUUUUAAGUUUUGUUCAGGAACAUGACUGAACUUUAAAAGUUUCACGAUUAGGAAUGCAGAGUUUUUAAAUGUAUUUUAAAAAGUAUCCUCUUUUUUAAUUUGGGUCAGUCUCCAUUGCCAAAUCAGACAGUUCUUGUGCAUUUUAACUGUUCCCUUAACUUCUAACUUGAAUGUGCUUUAUCUUCAUUAUCAUUACUUUCACUGUUGCUGGUGUCGUAAGAUUAUCUAAUUUUUCAUUCAUGAUUUCUUUGUAAAUUUUUUGACAUCUCUUUCCGUAGCUAAAAAUCCUUCACUUCCAAUUGCAUUUGUACAAGAUAACCAAAAAGGUUCUUGUCGUUUCUGAUAUGACAUUGGAAAAGUGAACCACAACAUAAAAAUAGUUGUCAAACCUGGUGAUGAAGGGGUUAGUAUGGGAGUCUGAGCAUUGACCAAGAGUAUAAAAGCACAUUGCAUCGGUACUUCAAACUCAUAAGUACAUAAACAUUUACUUUGUCCACUUUUGUGUUAUGCAAGUCCAGUUUAAGCAUCUGCUAGAGAAAGGCUGCAAGUCUGCCAAGACUGUGUUCUCCAACAAAUAAUGCAGAAUGGUACAUUCAUAGUAACAGGAUUCACGAAGAACUUGGUGUUGAGGUACUGCGCACUCAACUAUAAAUUAACUAGAAAAUUCCACGAAAGACAGCAACAAAUAGACAAUCCCAGCUUUAAAAUUUGUGAUGAUUAUAAUAGCUUAAGUAAUAUUGACGGGCCCAUGGCCCAAUUAAAUGUCUGGAUAA